AUGAUACAAAUGAGAGGUGUUGCAAUAGAGUUUAAUCCAACGGAGGCCACAUUAUAUUAUAUCCUUGCAAUGACACUCUCAGGAGGUGAAUCAAUUACACUCCACAAUGGUCAGUCAAUGACACAAAAACUACUAUACUUGAAAACAAAAGAAAUUGAUCUACAGAUUCAUUAUCAUAUAAUAUACUUGCACUUAUACUAUCCCGACACGAAACAAUCACACUCUGUGAUGUUCGAAUGA